CCACCAAAAACUCCUCACCAUAACCAAACAUAGAAAGCGGGAGAAAGAAAUACAUAACUCCUGAUCUCUUCCUCUCCACCCAAUCUCCGACCACCCCACUUCCCAAAUUUCCUUCAUCCUUCAUUCUUUUGUUUCCAUAGAGGAAAAAAAAUGGCAAAAAGAAGAUAAAUCCGUUUUGGUCAUUGGAGUCGGGAGUUCAUCAAGUAGUUGCAAGAGAAGUGAAGUUAUCUUGUUUGGGAGAGUGGUUGCGGUUGGGGAUCCGGGUUCUGAAAUGCAGGAGAUGGGGACGGACGACGGGAGGGGCGGCGACCACCAGUCAGACGUCAUGGAGACCGAGAGCAUCGGCAGCGAUCGGGUCUCUUACAGCGGCCCCCUCAGCGGUCCGCUCAACAAGCGCGGCGGCCGGAGGAGCGCCCGCUUCAAUAUCCCGGACUCCGCCGGCGGCGGUGGCGGCGACGAGCAGUACGUGGAGAUCACGCUGGAUGUCCGCGACGACUCGGUGGCAGUGCACAGCGUGAAGCCGGCGGCGGCCGGGGAGGAGGAGGACCCGGAUGUGACGCUGUUGGCCCGAACGCUGGAGAAACGGUCCGGCUCCAUCGGGUCGUCGGUGAUCCGGAGCGCGUCCUCCCGGAUCCGGCAGGUGUCUCAGGAGCUGAAGCGGCUGGCGUCGCUCAACAAGCGGCCCGGGCAGGGCCGGGUCGACCGGUCCAAGUCGGCCGCCGCGCACGCGCUCAAAGGCCUCAAGUUCAUCAGCAAGACCGACGGCACCGCCGGAUGGCCGGCCGUCGAGAAGCGCUUCGACGAGCUCGCCGUCGACGGCGCCCUCGCCCGCUCCCUCUUCGGCCAGUGCAUAGGCAUGAAGGGGUCCAACGAGUUCGCGGGAGAGCUGUUCGACGCGCUGACGAGGAGGAGACAUAUAAUCGGCGAUUCCAUCACCAAGGAGGAGCUCAGGGAGUUCUGGGAGCAGAUCUCGGACCAGAGCUUCGACUCCAGGCUUCAGACCUUCUUCGAUAUGGUGGACAAGAACGCCGAUGGAAGGAUUACGGAAGCAGAGGUCAAACAGAUCAUAUCUCUGAGCGCCUCAGCGAACAAGCUCUCCAAGAUUCAGGAACAGGCAGAGGAGUAUGCCCGCCUCAUUAUGGAAGAACUGGAUCCCAAUAAUCUUGGCUACAUCGAGAUAUACAAUUUGGAGAUGCUGCUGCUGCAAGCGCCAAGCCAGUCGACCCAGAUCGGGACGUCCAACAGCAGGAACCUGAGCCAGAUGCUGAGCCAGAAGCUGAAGCCGACCGAGGAGCCGAACCCACUCCGGCGGUGGUAUCAGCGGAGCAGGUACUUCGUGGAGGACAACUGGAAGCGGGUGUGGGUGAUGGCGCUGUGGCUCGCCAUCUGCGCCGCCCUCUUCGCCUGGAAGUUCAUCCAGUACCGUCGCCGGGCGGUGUAUCAUGUCAUGGGCUACUGCGUCUGCGUCGCCAAGGGAGGCGCCGAGACCCUCAAGUUCAACAUGGCCCUCAUCCUCCUCCCUGUCUGCCGCAACACCAUCACCUGGCUCCGCAACAAGACCAAGCUCGGGGCCGCCCUCCCAUUCGACGACAAUCUCAACUUCCACAAGGUGAUUGCGGUGGGGAUCACCAUCGGCGUGGGACUCCACGCAAUCUCGCAUUUGACCUGCGACUUCCCGCGGCUCCUGCAUGCGAGCGACGCUGCUUACGAGCCGAUGAAGCCAUUCUUCGGGGACACGAGACCGAACAACUACUGGUGGUUCGUCAAGGGGACGGAGGGGUGGACGGGGAUCACCAUGGUGGUGUUGAUGGCCAUCGCCUUCACUCUGGCCACCCCAUGGUUCCGGCGCGGCCGGGUCAGGCUUCCUAAGCCCCUGAACCGGCUCACCGGCUUCAAUGCCUUCUGGUACUCCCACCACCUUUUCGUCAUCGUCUACAUCCUUCUGAUCAUCCACGGCAUCUUCCUCUACCUCUCCCAUCGAUGGUAUAAGAAAACGACUUGGAUGUACUUGGCGAUCCCGAUGAUCAUCUACGGGACGGAGCGGCUCAUCAGAACAUUCAGAUCGAGCGUGAGGCCGGUGAAGAUACUGAAGGUGGCGGUAUACCCCGGGAACGUGCUGGCUCUCCACGUGUCGAAGCCUCAGGGCUUCAAAUACCGGAGCGGCCAGUACAUAUUCGUCAAUUGCGCUGACGUGUCUCCUUUCCAAUGGCACCCAUUCUCUAUCACUUCAGCUCCCCAAGAUGACUACCUCAGCGUCCACAUACGGACACUCGGCGACUGGACCGGACAGCUCAAAAUGGUUUUCUCGAAAGUGUGUCAGCGACCUGCCGACGGGAAAAGCGGGCUUCUGAGGGCUGACUACGAUGGCCACGCCAGCAGUCCCAUUCCAAGCUUGCCGCGGUUGCUGAUAGAUGGACCUUAUGGAGCGCCGGCCCAGGACUACAAGAAGUAUGAAGUGGUGCUGCUGGUGGGGCUGGGCAUAGGCGCCACCCCGUUCAUCAGCAUCGUCAAGGACAUCGUGAACAACAUGAAGCAGUUGGAAUCGGAAGGCUUGCUCGACUCCGAGGGCGAUCAGGAUCUCGAAAGCGCGGUCGGCGGUGAGAGCAGAAGCACCAAGAGAGCUGCAGGCAGCAGUCACAGGCCCGGGGGAGGAACGUUCAGAACCAGGAGGGCCUACUUCUACUGGGUGACGAGGGAGCAGGGGUCGUUCGAGUGGUUCCGGGGGGUGAUGAACGAGGUGGCGGAGACGGACAAGAAGGGGUUGAUCGAGCUGCACACCUACUGCACCAGCGUCUACGAGGAAGGGGACGCCCGGUCGGCCCUCAUCGCGAUGCUGCAGUCGCUGAACCACGCCAAGCACGGGGUGGACGUGGUGUCCGGCACCCGCGUCAGAGCCCACUUCGCCCGACCCAACUGGCGCAACGUCUACAAGCGCAUCGCCCUCAACCACCGCGACCAGCGCAUCGGUGUGUUCUAUUGCGGAGCACCGACGCUGACGAAGGAGCUGCGCCAUCUGGCGCAGGAUUUCUCACGGAAGACCACCACCAAGUUCGAAUUCAACAAAGAGAACUUCUAAAUCCCAACCCUCUAACAUCUAAUUACACACAUAGAAAGCAUACCAGCGUCUUAGAAGAGUAGCAGCAGGUUCGGAUCCGCGACUGUAGGAUCCUAUUAGGUAGCCGUAGAGUGCAGCCCUUGCAUAUAUUUUUAUUUGUUAGAAUUUUUAUUUCAAAAUCCUUUACUAGAGUCCAAACGUAAAGCUAGCCAGUAAACAUUGUACUGUGAUGGCUUUGAAGAAAUGGCCCUGAACACGUGUUCUGGGGGUUUGGAGGUGCUUGAAGAGCCCGGCAUUUGGUCAGAGAAGGCUUUGGAUUCAAGGGGAGUGGUUGAGCCGUUGUUAUGGAACGCCACCAGAAGGUCCACAACCACCAAACCACCCGAAGACUUGCGACAUGGCAGCUUAUCCUCCCCCAUAAUGGGCGAAGCGCUUCCUCAUGUUCCAUUGGUUCUUUUGUUUUUUUGUCCUCCUCUUUCUCUAAUAUUUUUGUUGGUAGCAACUUGUGUGGUGUAUAAUAAGGUAGAUAUAUACAUCAUCUCCAUGUUAAUUAAUUGUAUACAGCAGAAAGGCUGAGCACCAUUCCACUAAUGAGAUAUUAAUCGCUUAUGAUAGA